AUUACUUCAAGUUGUUAGAUAUGUUUUUGAGGGGCUCGAUAGCACGUUUAAGGCCUGAGCAGGUCAAGGUGCGUUUUCAGCAGCCUUCAAGAAGCAGCCCCCUUUUCGUACGCUCAUUCUCGUCUGGGCAGCAAAUCCGUUUCAAGCAAACGUUUUUCAACCCGAACGAAGAACCAGACAAGAAUAAGGACAACAAGAAGAAAAAGAAGGGUCCAGAUCUCAGCAAUCAGCCACAGGACUUCUUCAAAAACACAAAAUGGACCAACUGGAUUUUUCCCGGUCUGGUUAUCUCUUUGUUUUUAAAUAGCUACUCUAGUGGAGAGAGUAGUCAAAUGACUUUCCAGGACUUCAAAGUCAAUUUCCUUGAAAAAGGACUGGUGAAAAGGAUCACUGUGAUAAACAACUCAUUUGUGGAAGCUGAGCUAGUCACCCAACAUCCCAGGAUAGUUGGAUUCACCAUAGGCUCGGUUGAGUUUUUUGAGAAGGAAUUAGAUGAGAUCCAAGAUAAACUUGGCAUUCCAAACAAUGAGCGUAUUCCAGUGUCAUACAUCCGUCGCUCUAGCAUUCUCUCCUACAUUAUGCCGUUUGUGCCUACUUUGAUCCUGAUUGGUGGUACCUACUAUCUUGCUAGACAGUUGCAAAAGCGUGCACCAAACGGUAAAGGUGGUGGGCCUUUGAACAACAUCAUGGGCAUAGGCAAGUCCAAAGCUAGAUUGUUUAACCAGGAAACAGAUAUUACUGUCAAGUUCAAAGAUGUUGCCGGUUGUGAUGAAGCUAAGGAGGAAAUUAUGGAAUUUGUCACAUUUUUAAAGGAGCCUAAGAAAUACGAGAAGUUGGGUGCCAAAAUUCCAAAAGGCGCCAUUCUUUCAGGCCCCCCAGGUACAGGUAAAACCUUGUUAGCUAAAGCCACAGCGGGAGAGGCUGGUGUGCCAUUUCUUUCUGUUUCUGGUUCCGAAUUCGUCGAGAUGUACGUUGGUGUCGGUGCUUCUAGAGUUCGCGAUUUGUUUUCUACAGCCAGAAAGCUAGCUCCUUGUAUCAUAUUUGUGGAUGAGAUCGAUGCCAUUGGUAAGUCAAGAGAAAGUGGACCAAUGGGUGCGAACGACGAAAAAGAAGCAACAUUGAAUCAGCUCUUAGUCGAAAUGGAUGGAUUUGAGGAUACUGAUCACAUUGUGGUUCUUGCAGGUACGAAUAGGGCCGAUAUACUGGAUAAAGCAUUGACCAGACCCGGCAGAUUUGAUAGACAUAUCAGCAUCGAUAGACCAGAUAUUGAGGGAAGAAAGGCAAUUUACAAAGUUCAUUUGAAGCCGCUCAAGCUUGAACAUCCUGUCACGGACGAGUUUGCAGGAAGACUGGCAGCUUUGACUCCAGGAUUUUCCGGAGCCGAUAUUUCGAAUUGUUGUAACGAGGCUGCAUUAAUUGCCGCAAGAGAGGACGCUGACGUUGUCAAGCUGGUUCAUUUCGAGAAGGCAAUCGAAAGAGUGAUUGCAGGUCUUGAGAGAAAAAGUAGGGUGUUGUCACCCGAAGAAAAGAAAACAGUUGCUUAUCAUGAAGCAGGUCAUGCUAUCUGUGGAUGGUAUUUGCAAUAUGCUGAUCCUUUGCUAAAAGUUUCUAUUAUUCCUCGUGGUCAGGGUGCUCUUGGAUAUGCGCAGUAUCUUCCUGGCGAUGAGUAUCUUAUUUCACAAGAACAAUUCGAACACAGAAUGAUCAUGGCCCUUGGCGGACGAGUUUCAGAGGAGCUGAAUUUUGAUGACAUAACCACCGGUGCUGCUGACGAUUUCAAGAAAGUGACUCAAAUGGCAAACAUGAUGAUUCUUCGAUUGGGAAUGUCGAAGAAGUUAGGCACUAUCACCUUUGAAACGAACACUCAACAACCACAAGUUCACAAACUUUUCAGUGAAGAGACUUUUGAACUCAUUGAUAACGAAGUGAAGAGAGUUAUCAACGAGGCAUAUGAAAAAUGUAGAAAGCUUUUGACGGAGAAAUUAGAUGAAGUCGAGAAAGUGGCUCAGGAGUUGCUCGCCAAAGAAGUUUUGACUAGAGACGAUAUGAUCCGACUUUUGGGGCCUCGCCCAUUCGAGGAAAAGAAUGAUGCAUUCAAGAAGUACCUGCUGCCUCCCAACGAGCAGCAGCAGAAUCGUCCCGAGGAAGGUGCUCAAGCAGCAUGACUUGUAUAUAAUUAAGCUGAUACACGAAUAUCCUAGGUGAAUGGGCAUAUA